AUGCUUUCACGUUCUCUCAGACUCACCUCAAGACAAACCAGAUGCUUAUCUACUUCAAAAGUCUUAUCCAAUAAAACUGCAGAUUAUGCUUCAGAAGCAACUAGAACAGUAAAAACCGCUAAAGAUUUACAAGAAGUUACUGGACCAGCAUCAUUAAUUGGUCCAGGUGCUAAACCAGGUGUCAUCCCAACCGAUUUAGAUCAAUCUACAGGUUUACAAAGAUUGGAAUUAUUAGGUAAAAGAGAAGGUAUUGAUGUUUUCGAUAUGGAAAUGCCAAUCACUGAAGGUAAAGGAACAAUGGCUGAUCCAUUUUUAGUUCCAACUUAUAUUGGAUAUAGAUAUGUCGGAUGUAAAGGUACUGCUCAACAAGAUCAUAAACCAUAUUGGAUGAAAGUUGAAGAAGGAAAACCAGCUAGAUGUUGGCAAUGUGGUACUGUAUUGAAAGCUAAAUAUUUGGGUGAACCAGGAAUGGCUCAUUAG